AUGCUUGCCUGGGGUAUCAUUUUCCGAGUCCCAAGGUUCCUGGUCUCGGUCGUGUAUCGUCUUAGCUACAGAAACCAGGGCGGGGAGCUCGUCAGAAGCCUUUCUAGUUUGCACCUUGGCGCCUGCGGAUACCUCAUCAAGAACUCUAUUCGUGUUGUGGCAGAGUUCUCCGACAAGUCCAGCGACGCGCCGAAGUACUUCGCUGAAGUUAUGGCUGUGGUGGACAGCCUUACCAAAGUCUUUGGGCCGCCAUUCGCAGAGAUGCUUCAUCCGCGUUUAAGGACAGAGAGUGUCGCUGUGCAGAAAUCCUCGCUGAAGGGCACCUGGGUAUAUUUCUCUGACUUUACUACGCCUGCGGCUUCGACCGAGCACGUCGUCCUCUACUACAUUCAUGGUGGGGGAUAUUGCUUUUUCGAUGGAGCAUCGAGCCACCUAGAACUUUGUGCAUCGUUGAUAACUGAGUUGCAGACCAAGUUGAUCUCUUGUGGACGAGCGAGAAGGAAAGUUGUCGCUAUGAUCAUUGACUAUUCCCUGGCCCCUCACUGCGUGUUUCCUAAGCAGCUCAAAGAGGUGCUGGAGGGUUAUAAAUACGUGCUGAGUCAAAGUCGCUUCCCCACGAAGCCCGAAAGUGUCGUCAUCGCCGGUGAUUCAGCAGGAGGCGCGCUUGCUCUGGGGUUUCUCAAGUGUUUGGGAAAGGAGACGUUCGGUUACACCUUGCCUACACCGGCGUGUUGCCUGGCUAUGUCCCCCGUGGUGGACUUGGGCAAAAGUCUGAGUGCCUAUGAAUACGACAUGAGUCGGGAUAUGCUAUCGAAUGUGAUGGUGUGGAACGCUGGAGUGACUUUACUGCAAGGCGAAUGGUUUAGAUUACCUUGUACUGAGGAUGGUGAUAGGACCGAUGAAUGGCGUAUCGCCGGGCUGGCGAGUGUCGUCUUAGGAGAUUCAGGUAUGUUCGCAGGCUGCCCAAUCUUGUUGCAGGCUGGAGAGGUCGAGGGCUUCAUGGAAGAUAUCUUGCCGUUCGCUCAGCGUGUUGCAAUGAAGGCGAGUUGUCGAUUAGAAGUGUAUGACAAUAUGAUACACGUGUUCCCCAUGUUCAGCUUAAUUCUGAAGGAGGGGAAGUUGGCAAUUGAGAAAUGGGCGGAGUUCUGCAUCGACGUAUUCGAUGGUCGUGGUGGAGGCCCGAGUGGCUGUUACUCAGUGUCGGUGACCAGCAGUGCCGAACCUCUGUCUUGGUCGGAGUGA